CUGAAGCAGGGGUGUGAAUCUGUGCAGGUGGACUUUGGCACUGUGAUCACGGAGAAGAGGAAGAGUGCAGAUAAUAAAAUAAUCAGAAUCUAACACAUGCUCUUCUGAGUUUCAGUAUUUGUUUUAUAUGGAGGUUAAUCACUAACUCUGGGUUUACUCUCAGUCACACUGCCUUUCAGAUCUGCUGACGGACCAGAGGGAAAGACUUCACUUGACUUGAUUUAUUUUCAGUUAAAGGGUUUAAUGUUUAAAUGUUUAAUGUGUAAAUGAGAUUUAGAGUUUAGAUUUGUAAAGUUUUUGAAAUCUUUUGAUCAGAAAGGCAGGAGGUGCGACGACGCUGAAGGUGAUGGAAAAGCCAGGAGGAUCACACCUUCAUGAUGGUCCCAUACACCUGGUCCUGAUUGGUGAGAGAGAAGCCGGGAAGAGUGCAGCUGGAAAUGCCAUCCUGGGCACCAUGGCCUUCGACCAGGUUGGAGUGAGGACCAGGACAAGCGUGCGUGGAGAAGGUGUGGUGAGGGGAAGGCAUGUAGUGGUGGUAGAUACACCAGGCUGGGAUUGGUUUAACCUGAGCGGUGCCUCAGCAUCUCCUGCCACUAUUAGGAAGGAGAUGAUCUCAGGGAUGACCCUGUGCCACCCAGGUGCCCACGCGCUGCUGCUGGUGGUUCCUCUGUCGUUCUCCUUCUCUGCAAGGGAGCGCCAUGUUUUGGAAGAACAUGUAGAUCUGUUUGGACCAAAAGCCUGGAGAUACACCAUGGUCCUGUUCACUGUGAUCGACACCAAGCGUCUCCGUGACUCCACCCUGAAGGACGAAGUGGAGAUGAACAGUGAGCUGUAUAAGCUGGUAGAGAAGUGUGGUGGGUGGUACCAUGCGCUCCAUGGUAGACCCAAGAGAGGAGAGGACCAGGUAGCAGAACUGUUGUCCAAGAUCCAGAAGAUGGCGUUAACUGAUGGAGAAACCAUGCUCCUCAGUGACCAAGUGCUCGAGUGGUACAGGGAGACAGAGGAGCAGCAGGAAAUGAGAGAAGAACAAGAGAGGAGGCAAAGGGUCCAAAACCUCAGGAGAUGUCAGUGACUGGGCGAGACAGAACGUGGUUGACUCGGGUCUGAAAGGCUCAGUAGAAGAAACAGGAGAAGACGGAGAUGUGCAACCACAGAGACUCAUGUACUCCUUCACAUGCACUUCACAAACACACACACACACACACGUGAAUGAAGAUUCUUUAUUACAGUGACAGAACUUUAGAGUUAUGAAAUGAUCAAGUUUCAGUUGUUCACUGGAGAAAACCACAACACACCAGUUUCCUGUGUGAUUAUUUCCCUGGUCUGUAGAAGCUGAUACGCACCACAACGCUCAGAAAUAAACACACAAUCAGCAUCGAAACAGAAGAAAUAUAAAAAAAAGCAGUAUUGAUUUUAUAAAUGAUGUUAAAUGUUAAUCAGCACGCCGUGACUCAUCAUAAAAAUCUCAAUGAAAUCAUUCAUGAUUAGAUAUUUACAUCUUUUUCCUGUUAAACAACAUGAAGAUUGAAUCUGAUCAAACAGUGGAAAUAAACUAUUAUCUGAGAUGAUCCAAAGCUUUAG